GUACGGUUUGUGGUUCAGUUUUGAAAAUACUGACGUCGGAAGGAUCACCUUCGGUCGGUACCCUAAACCCUAAAACCCCAGAACCCCCAAAAUUGAAAAAUGCUCAUCAUCCUCUUAUCCAAAGCCUUCAAACCCAAAACCCCAAUUCCCAAAACCCUUCAACCCCUACUCUCAAUCUCAAAUGUCACUCCCACAAGGCCCAUGUCUCAAUCCACCUCCAUCCCCAAAAAGCUUCAACGUGUACGUGACCAUGCCUACGACAACUACAUGGAAGUCGAGAAGAAAACCCGCAAAGUCCUGAAAUUUCAGGACCUCAUUCUCUCCCAACUCAACCACACCCUCCCAAUCUCUCGCCUCGACCUCCUCUCUCGCCGCCUCGGCUUCAAACAACACCAAGCCGCCUCUUUCGUCCUCAAGUUCCCUCACGUUUUCGAGAUUUACGAGCACCCGGUUCAGAGAAUCCUCUACAUUCGACUCACCCGGAGAGCCAUUCUGCAAAUUCAGCAGGAAAAGCAAGCUCUCAUUGCUCAAAUCCCCGACGCCGUGACCCGCCUCCGGAAGCUCAUAAUGAUGUCCAACACGGGUCGAUUGCGCCUUGAACAUGUGAGGAUUGCUAGGAAAGAGUUGGGUUUGCCUGAUGAUUUCGAGUACUCGGUAAUUCUCAAGUACCCCCAGUAUUUUCGAUUAUUUGAUGCUAAAGAAACUAGGAAUAAGUACAUUGAGAUUGUUGAGAGAGACGAGAGUUUAGCUGUGUGUGCUAUAGAGAGAGCUAGGGAGAAAGAGUAUAGAGAGAAAGGUGUUGAUGCUGAGGAUAUAAGGUUUUCAUUUAUUGUGAAUUUUCCACCCGGGUUUAAGAUUGGUAAGUAUUAUAGGAUUGCUGUGUGGAAAUGGCAACGUGUUCCGUAUUGGUCGCCUUAUGAGGAUGUCUCGGGGUAUGAUUUGAGGUCUUUAGAGGCGCAGAAGCGUAUGGAGAAGAGGGCGGUGGCAACAAUUCAUGAGUUGUUGUCGUUGACAGUGGAGAAGAAGAUUACAUUGGAGAGGAUUGCUCAUUUUAGGAUGGCGAUGAAUUUGCCGAAGAGGUUGAAGGAGUUUCUUCUUCAGCAUCAGGGGAUAUUUUAUAUUUCGACAAGGGGGAAUCUAGGGAAGCUGCAUACGGUUUUUCUUAGGGAGGCAUAUAAGAGGGGUGAGUUGGUUGAGCCAAAUGAUUUGUAUAUGGCGAGGAGGCAGUUGGCCGACUUGGUGUUGUUGAGUCCAAGGAAGGCAAAGGUGGAUAGAGAAUUAGUUAAUUAUAGAAGAGAUAGAGAAGAUGAUGAAAUGGUACAAGUUAGAAGUUUGUUUGUGGAGAAUGGUUCUCAAAGUUUUGCAGUUGGGGACAAUGUUAAAAAAGAUAGGGAAGGGGAGGAUGAUUUGGACUCAGAUAUCGUUUCUGACGCUGGCUCUGAUUAUAGUGAUGAGGAUGAUGAUUGCCUUGAAACAUUGGAUGCAGAGGAUGUCCAAGUAACUGAGUGACUUAAAUAAAGCUUGUGGCUUAAUGAUUAUUUUGCAUAUUGUUAGUUGUAGUCAAUUGCUAUUUCAAGGCAUCAUGGUCCUUUAGAGGGCGGAAUUGUUGAGAACUUUCUUCUAACCUUCAGUAUCAUUGAGCUAGCUGUUUUAUGCUUUUGCUAAUGAUAAAUUGCUGCAUAACAGAGAGAGAAUCAUCAUUUUGAAAAAUGAAUGGGUUAUGUUCACGGGCAAAGAAGCACCACCACUUGAAAAUCUAUGCUUUCGAGGAUAACAUUUGACCCAAAUGGCUUUCCUGGCCUCUCCUCUGAUUGAAAGUGUAUUUUAGAUUUGGAGGGGAGUUUAAUUUGAAAUGUGGUGUAAGAAAAUAUAAGCGAUCUGGUCAUUGACAUAUCUUGUCAGCUGUAUCAAUCUGGAAAAUUAUUGUUUCAAGUAGUUGCUCAUGCAGUCAUGUAAGUUUAUUCAGGUGAUCAUCCUUCUUAUCCAGAUUCCUCACAUUCUGAUUUGGGAAGUUGUGCUAAAAUGAGACUGCAGUACAUUAGAUUCUGCCUUCAAAUGUGUACACUUGGUCAAAUAAUUCACAGAAAUCUGCAAAAACAGAUGUUAUAUUUGAUUUGAUUGUCUUAAUGAUGUAAAUUUUACAGUUUAAAAGUAAGCUAAAGUGGGUUUGAAAUCUUACUCUCCUUUGAAUGUAUAUUUUACCUCACUCCAAUAAAGUUAAAGAAUUUAGUCCUACA